GUGAUCAACAGUGAUAUGAACAUUUCCGAAGCGCUAGCGUUGACGUGCCGACCUUUUCUUCUGCUACUCUCCACUACUGCUCCAUGCUGAUUGAUUGGUAAUCGCCAAAUUAAGAAACGCGCCAUUCCUCGCAGGACAACCACCGCGCUCAUGCAGGUCGGUCGCCGGGAGUCACGAAGCCCAUAUUUGGGCGCCAAUUAGAGGAAGAGAAGGGGAAGAAGAUGAGGGCGAAAGCGCUCUCUCUCCUCCUCCUCUUGGUUGCCACCACCUUCUUCUCCGACUCCAUUGCCAUCGACAGCAUUGACCAGACCGCGUCCAUCACUGGCAACUCGACACUCGUCUCGGCCCGUGGAGUAUUCAGGCUUGGCUUCUUCAGCCCAGCCGGCAGCUCCGACGGCAGAACCUACCUCGGCAUCUGGUACGCGUCCAUCCCGGUACGGACCAUCGUGUGGGUCGCCAAUCGCCAGAACCCAAUCCUCACAUCCCCCGGCAUCCUGAAGCUCUCCCCCGAGGGCCGCCUUGUCAUCAUCGACGGGCAGAACACCACGGUAUGGUCCUCUGCCGCGCCCACCAGAAACAUAACCACCACCCACGGCGCCACCGCUCGGCUUCUCGACAGCGGCAACUUCGUGGUAAGCUCGGAUGGAAGCGGCUCUCCUCAGAGCGUGGCGUGGCAGAGCUUCGACUACCCGACGGACACGCAGCUCCCGGGGAUGAAGAUCGGGGUGGACCGCAAGAACCGCAUCACGAGAAACAUCACGUCCUGGAGCAGCACGACGGACCCCGCAAUGGGGUCCUACACGUUCAAGCUGGUCACGGGCGGGCUGCCUGAGUUCUUCCUCUUCCGGGGCCCGACCAAGAUCUACGCGAGCGGGCCGUGGAACGGCGUGAUGCUCACCGGCGUGGCGGAGCUCAAGUCUCCUGGCUACAGAUUCGCGGUGGUGUCCGACCCGGAGGAGACGUACUGCACCUACUACAUCAGCAGCCCGUCGGUGCUGACGCGGUUCGUCGUGGACGGCACGGCGACGGCGGGGCAGCUGCAGCGGUACGUCUGGGCUCACGGUGAGUGGAACCUCUUCUGGUACCACCCGACCGACCCGUGCGACAGCUACGGCAAGUGCGGGCCUUUCGGGUUCGGGUACUGCGACGCCAGCCAGACCCCGCAGUGCAGCUGCCUGCCGGGGUUCGAGCCACGGGAACCGGAGCAGUGGAUCAGGGACGCGUCCAGUGGCUGCGUCAGGAAGACCAACCUGAGCUGCGGGGCUGGGGACGGGUUCUGGCCCGUGAACCGGAUGAAGCUGCCGGACGCGACGAACGCCAUGGUGCACGCCCACAUGACGCUGGACGAGUGCAGGGAGGCGUGCCUGGGUAACUGCAACUGCAGGGCGUACACCGCCGCGAACGUUAGCGGCGGAGCCAGCCGCGGCUGCGUCAUCUGGGCCGUCGAUCUUCUUGACAUGAGGCAGUUUCCGGCGGUCGUGCAGGAUGUGUACAUCCGGCUCGCGCAGUCUGAGGUAGACGCCUUGAACGCCGCCGCCGACGCAGCUAAGCGCCGCCGACGCCGCAUUGUGAUCGCCGUCGUCGCCUCCACUAUUUCUGGCGCACUUCUUCUGGCAGUCGUUGUCUGCUUCUGUUUCUGGAGAAACAGGGCAAGGAGGAAGCGUCAGCAUCAGGCUGAAACGGCGCCAGGAAGUCAGGACAACGUGCUUCCGUUCAGGGCAAGGAAACACCCUGACUUGAGCUCAGCACAGGAUCAACGGCCCGGUGAGAGCAAGACGAGAGGCCAGGAAGAUCUUGACCUCCCUGUGUUCGAUCUAGCGGUGAUUCUGGUCGCCACGGACAACUUUGCGCCGGAGAGUAAGAUAGGAGAAGGUGGAUUUGGCGCUGUUUAUUUGGGGAGACUUGAGGAUGGGCAAGAAGUAGCUGUGAAGAGGUUGUCUAAGAGAUCAGCACAAGGAGUAGAGGAAUUCAAGAACGAGGUAAAACUUAUAGCCAAGCUUCAGCACAGAAACCUUGUGAGGCUGUUAGGCUGCUGCAUCGACGACGACGAGAGAAUGCUCGUGUACGAGUUCAUGCACAACAAUAGCCUGGACACAUUCAUAUUUGAUGAAGGAAAGCGUAAGCUGCUGAACUGGAACAAACGCUUUGAGAUAAUUUUAGGAAUUGCACGCGGUCUGCUCUAUCUCCACGAGGAUUCAAGAGUCAGGAUCAUCCAUAGGGAUAUGAAGGCAAGCAACGUGCUACUAGACAGAAACAUGAUCCCCAAAAUCUCAGACUUUGGUAUCGCAAGAAUGUUCGGAGGUGAUCAGACAACUGCAUACACCUUGAAGGUCAUCGGAACAUACGGGUACAUGUCACCAGAAUAUGCCAUGGAUGGUUUGUUCUCCAUGAAAUCCGAUAUCUACAGCUUCGGCGUCAUGGUGCUAGAGAUCGUCACUGGCAAGAAGAAUCGAGGCUUUUACGAUGUUGAUCUUGAUCUAAGCCUCCUCGGUUAUGCGUGGAUGUUGUGGAAGGAAGGUAGGAGCACGGAACUACUGGAUGAGGCAAUUAUGGACGACAGUUGUGAUCACAACCAGGUGUGGAGAUGCAUACAGGUUGCUCUUCUAUGUGUUGAAGUGCAACCUAGGAACAGGCCGCUGAUGUCUUCGGUUGUCACGAUGCUGGCUGGCGAGAACGCCACGUUGGCCGAGCCAAACGAACCUGGAGUGAACAUCGGGAGGGGUACAUCAGAUGCGGAAUGGUCUCAGACUCAGACAGAGCUGACUAUGACUGCAACUGAGACUAGGUAGCUUUGGAUGAGAUACAGUACACUGGACAGAAUAGCGCGGUCUGCCGCGUCAUAUUUUUUUUUGUUCACCUACACUCUAUUUUGCGGGACUUGGCUAGAUAUUUAUUGGCAACAAAUGAAUAGUAGUAUUCGUGAGUUCGCGUAUACAUAGUUACAUACCUUAGCAGCAAGGUUUCUCAGUAAUGUCAUCAGGACAACGUGCAAACCUGUAGAAUCUAGUGCAGAUUAUUUUCAUAUUCUAGUACUUAUUUAAUAUAUAAUUCUGUGGUUCUUUUCA